AUGUGCUCGACCUGCUGCAGUAUUCAAGAGACGUUACGUAACAAGGCAGUUCAAUGUCGCUGUGCAUAUAAUGUAAAGCACAGGUCUAACAUACGCAUUGUACACAGAAUAGAUAAUCCGCUCUUAUCUAUUGUGUUUGGUUUCAUAUCAAAAUUUUAUGGGUGCACACCUUUUCUGUGGUAUGUAAUAGUGUUGGUUAGACGCAUAGCGGGUUUAGUUAUUUUCAUUCCCACGGUUGUCGCAGGACAGAGGACUAGAACCAGUGAGGUAAUUAUCCAAAGUAUCGAUUAG